GCUUGUGCUUGUAGUUGCUCGUGCUGCUGAGCCAGUACAGCUUACAAUCGCUCGUACUUGUAGGUGUAUAUCUACACCAGUACUUGUCUCCAAUCCUUGCAGUUCCAACAUUACAUUAAAUCGCGUACAGUGUAUGAGCUAGUACUGGGUAAAGAGCAGCCGCCAGUGCCAGUAGGUCUUAGUUACCUGUCGUCAUCACUACCAGAAGCUUGCUGUCGCUAACACUUUUUUUUUUCACAUUAUAAGUUUAAGUAUAAGUAUAAAAUCGCAAGAAAAUUAGUCUGGCCGAGGCAGAAUGGAAGUCGAGCAAACGCCCGCCAGGCCGAAUUCCGAGUCCGAAAAAAAGGCCAAGGAAAACAGCAGCGCAGCCGGGAAUCAUGGAGACACUCAUAUGAAUGGUAUGUCGAAUGGAUUCGAUCGCAAGAAAGAGCACAAGUCCGAGCGUAAAGACAAGGAGAGAUCCCAUAAGUCUGAACAUCGGGACAAGGAUCGCAAGGACAAGGAAAAGAGCCACAAGUCCGAGCAUCGGAGUAAAGAUCGCGACAAGGAAAAGGACAAGGAUCGGCAUAAGGACAAACACAGCUCGUCAAAUGGAUCUAGUUCUAAAGACAAGGACAGGCAUGCCAAUAGUUCGAGCAGUAGCAGGGAUAAAGACAAGGAUAAGGAUAAGAAAAGUAGCUCAUCUAGCAAAGACAAGGACAAGGAGCAUAAGAGUAGCAGCUCGGUAACCAAAGACAAAGAUAAAGACAAGAAGGAUCAUCAUAAAUCUAGUUUGAGUUCUAAGGAUAAAGACAAGCAUCAUUCAAGUUCAAAAACAAAAGACAGUAAAGACAAAGAAAGGAGUAAAGAUAAGGAUAGACAUCAUCAUGAUUCUUCCCGUGACAAAGAUAAAGACAAAAGUUCGUCGUCUAAAGACAAAGAUCGUAGACACAGUUCUUCUAAGGACAAGGAUCGACAUUCCACGUCUCAUUCUUCAUCGAAUGACAAGGAUAAAUCUUCAAGAUCUGACAAAGAUCGUCAUCGUCAUGACAAAGACAAGGAUCGGCAUCGUCGGGAUAAAGACAAAGAUAAGAAGAGUCGCGAGGAUCGCGACAAAACUGAAGUUAAGGAAGAGGUUGUUGUUAAAGAGGAAGAGAAGAGUCAGGUUUAUAAUAAUUCUCAGGUCAAUUACGAAGAGGAAAAGCCUCAGGUUAAAGAAGAACAAGUGAGUCAAGUGGUUGAGGAUGAGGAAGACUCUAAUAGUGAAAAUGGGCUUUGUAUCAAUGAAGACGAUGGUAAUGAUAAUGAAGACAGGAAAGUAAAACGUGAUGAAGAAGAUGACGAGGAUUAUAAACAGGAGCAAAAUAGUAUGAACUCGUCUGACGGUAAUGACACCAGGCUGUCUGAUUUACAAAAUUCUACUCUAAAGACAGAAGAAGAUUCUGAUGAAGACUUACCGCUGAGUAUACGCAAGCCUGCGAAUUCACAAAAUUCAAAGAGAAAAGUUGAGUCGUCUGAUGACGAGGAUGACGUCCCGUUGUUAGCUAGAAAGAAAUCUAAAAAGGAAGCUGUUAAGAAAAAAAAGAAGAGAAAACAUUCUGAUGAUGAAGAUGAAGAAGACUAUGAGGAAGAAGUUAAAUCUAAAACAAAGAAGAAAAAAACAGCAGCUAAACCUGUAAAUACAACGUCACCUAGUCCGAAGAAAAAGAAGAAGCAGGAAGAGGAGACUGAAGUCUGGAAAUGGUGGGAGGAAGAGAAAAAGUCGGAUGGCACCAAAUGGACCUUUUUGGAGCACAAAGGACCCGUGUUUGCUCCAGACUACGAGCCGUUGCCGUCAUCGGUAAAGUUUUAUUACAACGGCAAAGAAAUGAAACUCACUGAAGCAACUGAAGAAGUCGCGACGUUCUACGCUCGUAUGUUGGAACACGACUAUACCACGAAGAAAGUAUUUAAUGAAAAUUUCUUCAAAGACUGGCGUGAAGUUAUGUCUGAAUCGGAACGUAAAGUAAUAACAGAUUUGAGUAAAUGUAAUUUCCGUCCCAUGUACGACUACUUUGUCCAAAAGUCUGAGGAACGUAAGGCCAUGACGAAAGAAGAGAAGAAGGCGCUUAAGGAAAAAAAUGAAGAGAUAACUAAAGAGUACGGAUUUUGUACCAUUGACGGUCAUAGAGAAAAAAUAGGUAACUUUAAAAUAGAACCGCCUGGUUUAUUCCGAGGGCGUGGUGAGCAUCCGAAAAUGGGUAAACUUAAGAAACGAGUUAUGCCUGGGGAUGUAUCGAUAAAUUGCUCAAAGAAUUCGGUGAUACCAAAACCACCGGCUGGGUACAAGUGGCGGGAAGUCAGACACGAUCCCACAGUGACCUGGCUUGCGUCUUGGACUGAAAAUGUUCAGGGACAAGUAAAGUAUGUGAUGUUGAAUCCCUCAAGUAAAUUAAAAGGUGAAAAAGAUUGGCAGAAAUAUGAGACUGCUAGAAAAUUAGCUAAAUCAAUAGACAAAAUACGUGCAGAGUAUCGUGAAGACUGGAAGAGCAAAGAAAUGCGUAUUAGACAAAGGGCUGUGGCACUGUACUUUAUUGACAAACUGGCUCUGAGAGCUGGUAAUGAAAAAGAUGAAGAUCAAGCAGACACUGUCGGUUGUUGUUCGUUGCGUGUUGAACACAUAACUUUACACGAACAUAAAGACGGAAAAGAUUUUGUCGUUGUAUUUGAUUUUCUGGGUAAAGAUUCCAUAAGAUAUUACAAUGAGGUACCAGUUGAAAAACGUGUAUUUAAAAAUCUUCAGUUAUUUAAAGAAAAUAAAUCUGACGGUGACGAUUUGUUCGACCGUCUCAAUACCGCGGUAUUGAAUAAACAUCUUACUGAAUUGAUGGACGGACUCACUGCCAAAGUAUUCAGAACAUACAACGCAUCUUGGACUUUACAACAGCAAUUGGAUCAAUUGACUGAUCCCGAUUACUCGGUGGCGGAAAAAAUCCUUGCUUACAAUCGAGCUAAUCGUGCUGUCGCUAUUCUCUGUAACCAUCAGCGUUCGGUACCCAAAGGCCAUGACAAGUCGAUGGAAAAUUUGAAUGCCAAAAUUGAAGCAAAGAAGGAAGCUAUCAAGGAAGCUGAGGAACAGGUCAAAGACACCAAGCGGGAAGCUAAGCAUGGAUCGGUCAAAGCUAAAGAUUUACAUGAAAAAGCAAAGAAGAAAUUGGAAAGAUUGAAAGAGCAGCUGACUAAAUUAGAAGUACAACGAACUGAUCGUGAUGAAAACAAAGCAAUUGCAUUGGGAACGUCUAAGCUCAAUUAUCUUGAUCCGCGAAUUACUGUUGCAUGGUGCAAAAAACACGACGUUCCGAUUGAAAAAAUUUACAACAAAACUCAGCGUGAUAAAUUCAGAUGGGCGAUAGACAUGGCAGGACCCGAUUACGUUUUUUAACAACAUUCAUUAUAAUUAAAUUAUGUGUAAUUACAUAACUAUACAUAUAUUUAUAUGUAUAUACAUACAUAUAUAUAUAUACAUAUAAAUAUGGUUUUUAUAAAGUCAAAUGGUUGAUUAUUCACUAUUUCGACAGACUAUUUAGUAAAAUUUUUUAAAUUAAAUUGCCACUUUAAUUAUUAUUAUUUUAAUUACUGUGGCACCAUAGUUUGAUUAUUCGUCUUUGUUACACUGAAGAAGAAUAUAUCAGAUAGAUUUUUUUUUUCUUUUUUUUUUUUAAAUUAAUAAGUUAUAAUUUGAUGGAAAAAAAAAUGUGAGUGUGCUGACAAAAAAAAAGGAAAAAAAAAAAAAAGAAAAUUGCGUAGUAAAAAUAAUAAAAAAAAAAAGUUUUAUAUAAAUAUUAUAUAGUGUAACGAAUGAAUAAUUGUGUGAAGUGUAUCUUAGAUGAUAAAGUAAUAAAAAUAAAAACUUGAAAUAAAAAACUUAAAGUACGAAAAAAUAAAAUUUAAAAGUGAUAAAUUAAAUGGUUUAAAAAUAAUGGACUUAUUGUUUUUCAAGUAAUUAAAAAAAAAAGGAAGUUUAUUAUUUAAAUUUGAUAUUGUAAAUAAUGUCUCUUAGUGUACAAAUGUAUAACUUGAUGUAUAUGCUACGUUCAAAACAAUGCUGUACAUUUAAUCACAUCAUUCAAUUUGGGCACAAGCGGUGUUGAUUUUUUAAAAUUAGACAUUUAAAAAAUGAUUAAUUAACAAAAACUAAAUAUAUACAUAAUGAUAAUUAAUACUAUAUAAUAUUAUAAUUAUAAAUAAAAAUUCUUAAAAAUAAUCAUCGUCCCACUAUGCAAAUAUGUCAAGCGCAUAAAUUAUGAUUUAAUAAUGAUUUAGUGACGUUAGAAAAAUUACGAUACAACGAUAGAUUUAAAGCACAAGAUUAUUACUCAUAUUUAAUUUAAUUUAAUUAUAAAUAAAUUUACUUUUUAUAAUUAUUAUAUCAUACAAUAACCAGCCUAUAUUAAUGCGAAUUUAUAUUGUAGCAUGUCCCCAAUAUUAUAUAUACAUACAUGUAUAUGUAUAUGAAUUUAAAUAUAAUAACGUAUAUUAACACAAUAUUUAAUUAUCAAAGCGUUUUAAGUUCUUUGGUAAUUAAUGAUUUAGUUAACGUAAUAAACAAUCAAUAACUGGGAGGAUUAAUUAUUAGUUACGUUAAUCUUAUUGUAAUCAAGAUAAAUGACAUCUCUAUGUCGAGUGACUGAAAGUUUUUAUUUUUUAAGUUAAUCACGACACAGACAUUUUUUCUGUAUUAAUUGUUAAGAACGCAAGUAGAAAUUAUAAAAAUUAAAUUAAAUUUUAAAAUAAUAAAUUGUCAUAAGUAUGCGAUUAAAUAAAUAAAUAAUCAAGUAAUAAUUCAA